UCACAAAUCACCACAUAAGUCCAACGCCGACUUUGACGUCAUUCGAUACCAUUUCUAGAAAACGCACUCCCAGAACAAAAUAUUCAUCAGUCACGACGUCAACCAAGUAACAUCUUUUAUAAUAUACAGUGUGUCGCUAAAAAUUAAAUUUGAAUCAGAAAAAAGAGAGUCGUUUCCGGUUUGUCGCCAUGACGAGUGCAGUUCCGGCCAUUUUAAAGUAUUUGAGUGACAGCAGUAAUUACAAUAUCGACCAAAAUAUGGAAGCCCCCGUGAGGGCUAAAAAGAGGCGCCUGGACCAUCUCACAUGGGAGGAAAAACUACAAAGAAAGAAACUGAAAAACCGCGUGGCUGCACAGACGUCCCGCGACCGCAAGAAGGCCAAAAUGGACCAGAUGGAGAAGGCCCUCCAGGAGUUGUUCUCCAAGAACGAGGUUCUAGUCGAGGAAUGCGAACGCUUGAAGAGUUUGAACGAGAGGUUAUCGGCAGAGAACGCCACGCUUCGUGGCCGAUUUUCAGCAUGCAGUUGCCCCCAGAGCCGGUCUGUCGAAUGUGAGAGUGCAAGUGGAAGCCGUGUCCCUUCUUCGGCCGCAAGGAACACUCACACAUUCAGCAGCGGCUCUGAGCCGCCAACAAACGGCACUGUUGAAGAUUGUGCUGGCUUGCCUUCUCUACCGGACCUCCUUGACGAACUCAACAGCGACGUGGACAUCUCCUCCUUGGAGCAACUCACGCAGAGCCUCCUUCAGGAUAUCGCCAGAGACCUGGAGGCUGCUGCUGAAAAGGCAGAUAUUCAAGAACAAACAACUUGUCAUGAAGACAGUCCAAGACAAGUGGUGGGGGCGCCACCAGAACAAUUGGAAUCCGAUGGAAGUGAAGUGUUGAAUGAAAAUCAAGAUCCACUCAUUAAAGAUAUCUCACAGUAUCUUUUACUACAUCACAAUUACAGCGCAAGGCCGCCAACUGAAGAAAAUCAAAAAGCACCACGACACACGAGCACGACGCGAGUAAAAAAACUAGAUAAAUUAGCUCCAGAUGUUGUCUAUGGUACCUACGAUGAGAGCACUAAUUGUAUCACAAUUAUUGUGGAUGAUGAGGGAGUUGGGUGUGGUUCCCCGCUGACGAGUACUGAAGAUGAGGAGCAUUUGACGGUCGAAACGUCAGUUGGGGGGGUUUCCCCGCGCUCGAGUUCGAGCUCGGAUUGUGGGUAUGAGUCGCUUGGCUCGCCUGAGAGUCUGUGGGAUGACAGUGUCUCAGAAUUGUUCCCAUCUCUUUUGUAAUCAACUAUUUACUAUUAAGGAGCUAAUUUAUUUUUAUUUUUUUAUGUAUAUAGUGUGAGGCAAUAAAAUUGUGUAUGUAGUA